CCGUUCUGAGGCUGAGAGCUCUUGAAUGUUUCCGUGUGUAGUGCUCUGAACUCUGCUACUGGGUACUGUGAGGGGAAGCUCUGAAAUCGCGACAUGGAUGCAGUGACCUACGAUGAAGUGCAUGUGAACUUCACUCAGGAAGAGUGGGCUUUGCUGAAUCAUUCCCAAAAGAGUCUCUACAGAGAUGUGAUGCUGGAGACCUACAAGAACCUCACUGCUAUAGGCUACAAUUGGGAAGACCAUAAUAUUGAAGAACAUUGUCAAAGUUCUAGAAGACAUGGAAGGCAUGAAACAAGUCAUCCUGGAGAGAAACCCUCUGAAUAUACUCAUUGUGUUAAAGCUUUUGCAUAUCAGAGUCAUCUUCAAAGGCACGAAAGAAUUCAUACUGGAGAAAAACCCUAUGAUGAUAUUCAAUGUGGUGAAGCCUUUGUGGGCCACAGUAAUCUCCAAGUACACAAAAGAAUACAUACUGGAAUGAAACCCUAUGAAUGUAACCAUUGUGGUAAAGCCUUUGCAUAUCCCAGUAAUCUUCAAAGGCAUGAAAGAAUUCAUACAGGAGAGAAACCCUAUGAAUGUAAUCAGUGUGGUAAAACCUUUGUAACUCACAGUGAUCUCCAAAUACAUAAAAGAACACAUACUGGAGAGAAACCCUAUGAGUGUAAUCAAUGUGGUAAAGCCUUUGCAUAUCACAGUAAUCUUCAAAGGCAUGAAAGAAUUCAUACAGGAGAGAAACCUUAUGAAUGUAAUCAAUGUGGUAAAGCCUUUGCAUGGCAUAGAAAUCUUCAAAGGCAUGAAAGAAUUCAUACAGGAGAGAAACCCUAUGAAUGUAAUACAUGUGGUAAAACCUUUGCAUGGCACAGUCAUCUUCAAAGGCAUGAAAUAAUUCAUACAGGAGAGAAACCUUAUGAAUGUAAUCAAUGUGGUAAAGCUUUUGCACAUAAUAGUAAUCUCUACAUGCAUAAAAGAAAACAUGCUGGAGAGAAACCUUAUGAAUGUAAUCACUGUGGUAAAGCCUUUCCACGUCACAAUCUUCUCCAAAUACAUAAAAGAACACAUACUGGAGAGAAACCCUAUGAGUGUAAUCAAUGUGAUAAAACUUUUGCAUAUCACAGUUAUCUUCAAAUGCACAAAAGAAUUCAUACAGGAGAGAAACCUUAUGAAUGUAACCAUUGUGGUAAAGCCUUUUCACAACAUAGUAGUCUCCGUGUACAUAAAAGAACACAUACUGGAGAGAAACCCUAUGAAUGUAACCAAUGUGGUGAAGCCUUUGCAUAUCACAGUCAUCUUCAAAUACAUAAAACAACACAUACUGGAGAGAAACCCUUUCAAUGUAACCAAUGUGGUAAAGCCUUUGUUUAUAACAAUCAUCUCUUAGUACAUAAAAGAAUACAUACUGGAGAGAAACCCUAUGAAUGUAACCAUUGUGGAAAAGCCUUUUCACAACGCAGUAGUCUUCGUGUACAUAAAAGAAUACAUACCGGAGAGAAACCCUAUAAAUGUAAUGAAUGUGGUAAAGCCUUUGCAUGUAAUAGUCAUCUUCAAAGACAUAAAAGAAUUCAUACAGGAGAGAAACCUCAUGAAUGUAAUCAAUGUGGUAAAGCCUUUGCACGUCACAGUACUCUACAAGUACAUAAAAGAAAACAUGCUGGAGAGAAACCUCAUGAAUGUACUCAAUGUGGUAAAGCCUUUCCUUCUCAUAAUCUUCUUCAUAUACAUAAAAGAACACAUACUGGAGAGAAACCCUAUGAGUGUAAUCAAUGUGGUAAAACAUUUGCAUAUCACAGUCAUCUUCAAGUGCAUGGAAGAAUUCAUACAGGAGAGAAACCUUAUAAAUGUAAUCAAUGUGGUAAAGCCUUUGCAUGUCACAGAAAUCUCCGAGUACAUAAAAGAAAACAUACUGGAGAGAAACCCUAUGAAUUUAACCAUUCUGGUAAAGCCUUUUCAUAACACAACAGUCUCCACGUACAUAAAAGAACACAUACUGGAGAGAAAUCCUAUGAAUUGUAAGCAAUGUGGUAAAGCCUUUGCACGUCACAGUCA